GCUUUCGUGCUUGGAGCUUUCCUUCCCCAGAACAGCCGGAAAGGGGAAGCUUUGGGCGGUGCGUGACUCCCUCACCUCCCCUUCCGCCGCCUGCUCCGCCCCGGUUGCUGCGGAGCGGGGCCGCCGUGCGGGUGGGAUCCGGCAGUGUCCCUGUGCCCCCGGAGCUGCCUUCCCAACAAAGCCGGCUUCAUCUCUUGGGCUCGCCUCAGGGCCUAGGCUUUAGUUUUCAGCAUGGCAGUGGACUGGCUUGGCUUUGGCUACGCCGCCCUGGUGACAUCAGGAGGGAUCAUUGGCUAUGCAAAAGCAGGUAGUGUUCCAUCACUAGCUGCUGGCCUUUUCUUUGGGAGUUUGGCUGGACUGGGUGCUUAUCAAGUCUCACAGAAUCCAAAUAACAUUUGGGUUUCUCUGAUUACAUCUGGAGCACUGACUGCUGUCAUGGGAACAAGAUUUUACCACUCCAGAAAAUUCAUGCCUGCAGGGCUAAUUGCUGGUGUCAGUUUGCUAAUGGUUGGAAGAUUAGCACUGAAGAUGUUGGAAAAGCCCCAGGAAAAGUAACUGUUAAUUUUACAUCUUGGUAUUUGGAGAAGGAAACUUGAUCAUGAAGUUGCAUGAAUGCAGAAGUGAGAAGAUGGAAAAAUUUUCCACAUCAAGACAUUUUUUAAUCUUUUUUUUGUAAGGGGGAGUAGAACGAUGGUACAGAUAGUUUAUAUACAAGGUAGAGCAGUUUGUUUAUAGAGAGGUAUGGGUCCUGGGUUUGAUUUUUUUGAACAUAUUUCAAAAAAUAUGAACAGAACAUUACAGAAUUGAGAGAAGAGAAUUUGAGUUGUAUUUUAAAGUGUAUUUUAACACUUCCAUGUUUUUAUAUUCCAAAAUAUACUUCUGACAUGUAUGAAGCAGAGAGAAAAUAUCCUGUAAUUAAGAAAAUAGCCACAAAGAGGCAUCAGGAGUAACUGGCUAAAUACAAUCGUGUGUCUCAAACCUUUUACACUGAGUAUUAUGGUGUGCUUUACCUGUUGCAUUCUGAAUUGAUAUACCAUGUCUUUAUAAUGUCCAACAGAUCUUGCCUUUUUAUUGUGAAAUGAUGCUAAAAUGAUGCUUUUCUAUGAGUAAAAUUUGUUACAAACCUUUA